GCCGGCGCUGAGACGGCGACGGCGGGAGUCGCUGCUGAGGCGGCCACGGGCGCAGGUCGCGUCGGCGCUGCUCCGCGGGCCCGGGCCGGGCUGGCAGCAGCUGGCGCCUGGCAGUGAAGACGGGCUCCUGGGGCGGGUGGAAUGGCCCCCACCUAGGGCAGUGGGAGAAACCGCUGAGCGCAGGAUGCUGGCGAGGCGGCGCGGCGGCUCCUCACUCAUCCCAGAUGUUGAUCAUCUUUCUGAAGUAGAGUCUCCAUGGCCUGAACAUUUUCUGAAUAUUAUUUUGAGCAGAAUAUCUGUUUAAUAACAAGAUAACCACAUCAAGAUGGUUGGAAAACUGAAGCAGAACUUACUAUUGGCAUGUCUGGUUAUUAGUUCUGUGACUGUGUUUUACUUGGGCCAACACGCCAUGGAAUGUCAUCACCGAAUAGAAGAACGUAGCCAGCCCCUCAAAUUGGAGAGCACAAAGACCACUGUGAGAACUGGCCUGGACAUCAAAGUGAAUAAAACCUUUGCCUAUCACAAAGAUAUGCCUUUGAUAUUUAUUGGAGGUGUGCCCCGGAGUGGAACCACACUCAUGAGGGCCAUGCUAGAUGCACACCCCGAUAUUCGCUGUGGAGAGGAAACCAGAGUCAUUCCCCGAAUCCUGGCCCUGAAGCAGAUGUGGUCACGGUCAAGUAAAGAGAAAAUACGCUUGGAUGAGGCGGGUGUUACUGAUGAAGUGCUAGAUUCUGCCAUGCAAGCCUUCUUACUAGAAAUUAUUGUUAAGCAUGGGGAACCAGCCCCUUAUUUAUGUAAUAAAGAUCCUUUUGCCCUGAAAUCCUUAACUUACCUUGCUAGGUUAUUCCCUAAUGCCAAAUUUCUCCUCAUGGUCCGAGACGGCCGGGCAUCAGUACAUUCAAUGAUUUCUCGGAAAGUUACAAUAGCCGGCUUCGACCUGAACAGCUAUAGAGACUGUUUGACCAAGUGGAAUCGUGCCAUAGAGACCAUGUACAACCAGUGUAUGGAGGUUGGCUAUAAAAAAUGCAUGUUAGUUCAUUAUGAACAACUUGUCUUACAUCCUGAACGGUGGAUGAGAACACUCUUAAAGUUCCUUCAUAUUCCAUGGAACUACUCAGUAUUACAUCAUGAAGAGAUGAUUGGGAAAGCUGGGGGAGUAUCUCUGUCAAAGGUGGAGAGAUCUACAGACCAAGUCAUCAAGCCAGUCAAUGUGGGAGCGCUAUCAAAAUGGGUUGGGAAGAUCCCCCCAGAUGUUUUACAAGACAUGGCGGUGAUUGCACCCAUGCUUGCCAAACUUGGAUACGACCCAUAUGCCAAUCCACCUAACUAUGGAAAACCCGAUCCCAAGAUCCUUGAAAACACUAGAAGGGUAAGUGAGAUUUUUAAAGUGAAUUGA